UUCUACUUGAGUACUUUUAAGGGUUCCUCCAGCACAAAGUCGUGUAAUUCGGGUCCAAUGUUGACGUGUCGUCACAUUUGAUCGCUUUUUCCAAUGGCCAAACACGGCCGACGGCAUUUAGCUAGCUCGCCGUUGCCUAACAACAGCCGGCAAACAAACACUCUUGGCCUAGCCGCUUGCUAACCUGUCUCAUCGCCACUCCGGUUCCGACGCGGCCCAAGACAGGGAAGGGGGGGAAAAAAAAAAAAAAAAAAAAAGAAAAAGUUCGUUCGUUUGCUCGGGAGCCGAGAUGGCGGACGACGACCGCGGCCCGGGAGCUUCUCACCACGGCUUCGUGCUCAUGGAGGCGCUCCUGGACAAGCUGAAAAUCUUAAACUGCGACCACGAGCUGCUGGAAAAACACAAGGUGAAACCUCUCUCCAGGCAUUUCUUUGUGUCCAGUCCGCACCUGCCGCACAAUCCCGGCGAGCAAUUCUACGCGUUCACCGUCACGGCCGCUUGGCUCAUCAACGCGGCGGGCCGGAGCUUCGCGGCGCCUCAGGAGGACGACGAGCCCGGCGCCGCCGUCGCCGACGUCCUGGCCGAGCUCAGGGCGCUGGGUGUGAAGGUGGACUUUGCGCCGUCCAAGCUGAAGUCCGGUUCGGGCGAGCACGUCUGCUUCGUCUUGAACGCGCUGGCUGAGCACGCGCUCAAGAGGCGGGGCUUCUCCUUUAAAAGACCAAAGUACCCGACGGAAACCACAGAAGAAGAGAGCGCCAUGGCCGACCACGCCGAGCUGACGCUUUGCCAAACGGACGGCGUCGUCGAAGACGACGACGACGACGACUACGAGGAGGAGGACGAGAACCCGCCGGACUUGGAGCCGCCGACCCCGCGCAGCACCCUCAAAGAAGCGGCGCCGACCAAACCCGAGGGCAUCCUGCGCACUACGGUGGACGCGGCCGCGUGGAACUUGGAGGUCGAAAGGGUCCUGCCCGUCCUCAAGGUUACCAUCAGGACCGACAACAAGGACUGGAGAGUCCACGUGGACCAGAUGCACCGGCACCAGGACGGAAUCAAGUCUUCGCUCCGUGAGGCGAAGGGCUUCUUGGAAAAGCUGCAGGAUGACAUCAGCAGGACUUUGGAGAAGGCGUCCAGUCGCGAGAAGUACGUCAACAAGCAGCUGGAAGGCGUCAUCGCCCAACAUGGCGAAGCCCGCGACAAACUCAGCGAGGUCCAGGAGCGCUACCGACACGCCAGCGGCGGCGUGGCCCAGAGGACGCGACUCCUGGCGGAGCUGAGCGAGGAGUUGGAGAAGGUCAAGCAGGAGAUGGAGGAGCGCGGCAGCAGCGUGUCGGACGCAGCGGCGCUGGUGAAGAUCAAGCAGAGCGUGACCAAACUCAAGCAGGAGACGGCCCGGAUGGACGUGCGCGCGGGCGUCGUGCGCCACGUGCUGCUGCAGGCCAAACUCAAGCGCAAGUCCAACCUGAUGAGCGCCGACGCCACGCAAACCUUCGCCUAAGCCACGUUUCCUUCCCUUCUCCAGCUCGUUUUGGGAAGUUCCAAAAAGUGCGCCUCGAAUGGAGUCAAGUGAGAGCGACUGAGUAACAAAAAGGAAAAACCGCCAGUGGUGUGGCGGCGACACGAGGACCAAACUUUUCGACCCUUUUGAGCUCAAAACUCGUCUUUGGGGUCAGACCGCGGGAGGGGUCGAGGCUACCCGACAAGCUGGCGUAAGGGCAGGCGGGGGCUGCGUUGGCCCCUCGUGACCUGCCCAAAGCUCACUCAAAAGAUGCAAGUCAUUUCGUGGGGGGGGGGGGGGUUAAAAUCUUCAUUACUACGACAACAGUCGCUCGCUCUCUCUCUCUCUCUCCGAAUCAUCUCUUUCCAUAGUCCAAGGGGCGUCGCGUCGUCCCUACGACGUCCACGUUGCCUACGUCCGGGUUUGGACGUCAUAUCGUUGCCAACUUUAGAGGCUUUCAAAGACGAUUUUUAAAAUGUGAGCGGUCCAAAGUACAGAUAAUUGUUUCAAAUGGGAGCGAGUCAAAGGGAAAAGUCAUCCCAAAAAAUUUACAGGAAGUACCUUGUUACUGCCCACCUCUGACAGGGCAGAUUGGUCGUUUCGGGAAGGCGGAAGCGAAAACGUGAUAAGUUGUUGACAACUUCGUGUUGU